UAGUGACGUCACCGUCACGUAUGUUGUUGGGCUGGAGGUUUCGCGGCGAUGGCGACGGAGGCUCGGCGCUUGGAAGGGACGCGCUGAGAGCAGAGCUUUUUCGCUCGGAUAUGACGAAUUCGUAUCUGUUGGUGGUUGCUUUGCUCUUCAGUUACUCCAUCGGUUUCGGAUAGCCCCUUCGGCCGUGGACCACCCCUCAUCUCUCCCCUCUGACUGAUUUCUUUGUGUUGCUUGUGAGGGUUUCCAAACUGAUUUACCAGGACUGCAUAUUGUUCACUGCCAACUUUCUGUGACAUAAGUGAGCCGGAGUUCCUCGUUGGCAGAGCCAAGCUCCUUCUCAGGGGCCAUGGAGGAGGAGGGGCAGCAGAGCCUGGAGUGCAUCCAGGCCAAUCAGAUCUUCCCUAAGAAGUCCCCGGUGCUGGAGGAGGAAAACAUGCAGGUGCCCUUCCCUGAGCUGCAUGGGGAGUUCACGGAGUACGUAGGGAGAGCAGAGGACGCCAUCAUCGCAAUAUCCAACUAUCGCCUUCACAUCAAGUUCAAAGAGUCCAUCGUCAACAGUUGUUGUUGUGAGGUUUCAGUUCCUCUCCAGCUGAUCGAGUGCGUGGAGGUUCGGGAUAUGUUUCAGCUUCACGUCACCUGUAAGGACUGCAAGGUCGUCAGGUGUCAGUUCUACACCUUUGAGCAGUGUCAGGAGUGGCUCAAACGUCUGAACGCCGUAGUGCGGCCCCCCUCGCGUUUGGAGGACCUCUUCUCCUUCGCCUUCCACGCCUGGUGCAUGGAGGUGUACGCCGGAGAGAAGGAGCAGCACGGCGAGCUGUGCAGACCCGGUGAGCCGCUGCCUUCCAGCUUCCCUCUCAUCCUGACACUCAGGUCCUAUCAGACAUCAAUCAUUCAGGCGUUUUCUUUUCCUGCAGGAGAGCAUGUGACCUCGUGGUUCAAAAACGAGGUGGAGAGGAUGGGCUUCGACACUCAGAACGCCUGGAGGAUAUCAGAUAUCAACAGCAAGUUCAGGCUUUGCCCCAGCUAUCCUCAGCAGCUUCUGGUGCCAGCAUGGAUCACUGACAAGGAGCUGGAAAACGUGGCGGCUUUCCGAUCCUGGAAGAGGUUUCCUGCUGUGGUUUACAGACAUCAAAGCACAGGAGCUGUGAUCGCCCGCUGCGGCCAACCAGAGGUCAGCUGGUGGGGAUGGAGGAACGCCGACGACGAGCACCUGGUCCAGUCCAUCGCCAAGGCCUGCGCCGUGGACGGCAGCAGCCGCAAGCAUCUUUCGAACGGAAGCUACACCAACGGCUCAGACCCGCCUGACACCGAUUUUGAAUCCUCCAUGACCAACAGCUCAGAGGUGGAGACGCUGGCCAUCCAGCCCAGCAAGCUGCUGAUCCUGGACGCCAGGUCGUACGCCGCAGCCGUAGCCAACAGGGCGAAGGGGGGAGGCUGCGAAUGCCCAGAGUACUAUCCAAACUGUGAGGUUGUGUUCAUGGGAAUGGCCAACAUUCACUCCAUCCGAAAGAGUUUCCAGUCGCUGCGUUUCCUCUGCACUCAGAUGCCCGAUCCAGCCAACUGGCUCUCUGCCCUGGAGAGCACCAAGUGGCUGCAGCACCUGUCUCUGCUGCUGAAGGCGGCUCUGCUGGUGGUCAAUGCGGUGGACAGAGACCAGCGACCUGUGCUGGUGCAUUGCUCCGAUGGCUGGGACCGCACGCCACAGAUCGUAGCUCUGUCCAAGCUGCUUUUGGACCCCUACUAUCGCACUAUUGAGGGCUUCCAGGUUCUGGUGGAGACUGAAUGGCUGGACUUUGGCCAUAAGUUUGCAGACCGCUGCGGCCAUGGGGAGAACUCGGAGGACCUGAACGAGCGCUGCCCCGUCUUCCUGCAGUGGCUGGACUGCGUCCAUCAGCUGCAGAGGCAGUUCCCCUGCUCCUUUGAGUUCAACGAGGCCUUCCUGGUGAAGCUGGUGCAGCACACCUACUCCUGCCUGUUCGGCACCUUCCUGUGCAACAGCGGGAAGGAGAGGGAGGACCGGCACGUUCAGGAGAGGACCUGCUCCGUGUGGUCGCUGCUUCGACCGGCCAACCGCACGCUGAGGAACAUGCUCUACUCCUCCCACUCUGAAACUGUUCUCCACCCGGUGUGUCACGUUCGGAACCUGAUGCUGUGGACGGCGGUGUACCUGCCCAGCUCCUCCCCCACCACCCCCUCUGAUGACUCCUGCGCUCCCUACCCCGUCCCCGGUGCCAACCCGGAGGAUGCGCCCCUGGGCAGACGAACAAAAACUCGCUCUUUUGACAACCUGCCCAGCGCCUGUGAGCUGGGCAGCGCCCUGGCUCCCAACCGCCGCUCCAGCGACCCGAGCCUCAACGAGAAGUGGCAGGACCACCGGCGCUCCCUGGACCUCAACAUGGCAGUGGGUCCUGAGGGAGGGGGGAACCAAGAGCCCCAGCCCAACGCAGAGGGGCAGAGUCCUGCUGACGGCCCGCGGGCCGCAACCCGAAAGGACGAGCCUCUAAGGCCAGCGGGAGGCGAGGCGGAGGAGGCGGAGCUAUCUGUGGUGGUGGGUGUGGCUGAGGGACAGAUGGAGAACAUCCUUCAGGAAGCCACAGAGGAAUCUGGAGCAGAUUCCCAGAGACCUGCUGCUGGACCAGAGGGGAACGGGGAGCCGAUGGAGGAUAACGGAACCAACAUGCAGAGAGAAGCCUUCGCAAAUGGUCACCGUCCUGAAAAUGGGGUGACGGAGGCUGAGGAGGAUGGCGAUUCUUCCCAGAAGGAGGAGGAGCUCCAUCCGCCGCCGAUGGACAGACCCGAAACACCAGAGGGCGACGUGGAGCAGGAGCCGCCUGCGGCUCAUAGAACUGUUCCUAACGGCUUCAUGGAGGGGUCACCCGAGCAGGAGGAUGAAAGCGCUCCUGAACCCGAGCGCGGUAGCUCAGAACUGGAGGAGCAGGUGGAGAAGAGGGCGUCUCUGAUGGAGAGCUCCACAGAGACUCUAACGGAAGAAGCCUGCAGCAAACCGCUGCUUCCAGGACAGCAAAGCGUUUCUGCGAACGGUCAGCCACACAGCGACGACAGGAAGCAGCAUCCUGGCUUCAGGACGGACAAGGAGGCGGCGGAGCUUGGCUUCAGCAGAACUUUGAACGGGGCCACAAAGCACGCCUCAAUCAGUGCCUUUCAGUCUGCAGGUGCUGAGCCGAGCAGGGAGGAGUUAUGUAACGGGGACGGCUCCGACGGAGACCCCAACGCGGCGCCGCACUGGUCCAAAGGAAGCGGCGAACGGGCCCCUCUAAGCCGACAGGUAUCGCUGGCGAGCUGCAACUCUCUGAUCCUCCACCCCCGAGGCAGCUGCUCCCAGCACCGCUGGUGCCACGCCCUGCUGGGCCGAGCCCCCGUCAGCCCGGAGCAGCCGGCCCGCAGCCACCUGGAUGACGACGGGCUGACGCUGCACACGGACGCCAUCCAGCAGAGGCUGAGGCAGAUCGAGGCGGGACACCAGAUGGAGGUGGAGACGCUGAAGAAGCAGGUGCAGGAGCUGUGGAGUCGCCUGGAGAGUCAGCAACAUGGCGGCUCUCACAGGAUCAACGGAGACGUGGGAGAUGAGAUGACCUCAAUGACCGACUCAGAGUUCAACCUGGACCCAAACUGUUUGUCUCGCUGCAGCACUGAGCUCUUCUCUGAAGCCAGCUGGGAGCAGGUGGACAAGCAGGACACGGAGGUGACUCGCUGGUACCCUGAUCAUUUGGCAGCCCAGUGUUACGGCUGUGAGAGCAGGUUCUGGCUGGCCACACGGAAACACCACUGCAGUGGCCCCGAGGCUGUCCAGGAGGUCUGGAACUGCGGAAACGUGUUCUGUGCCAGCUGUUGCGACCAAAAGAUCCCAGUGCCAAGUCAGCAGCUGUUUGAGCCCAGCCGGGUCUGUAAGAACUGCUACAGCAGCCUCCAGCUCGGCUCCGCCCCUCUGGACCAUGAGCUGGAGAAACGCAUCACGGCGAGCUGCGACUGACGGAUGAACGCCGAGGAGCCGGCGGGGGGGAGCUGCGCAGAACGUCCCAUGAACUGUGGGGGGAGGGGAGUGUAAAUAUUUAGACUAACGUGCGGGCAAAGCAGAGAGAACUCUGAAUGUUUGGGUCUGGGUGUGUGAGCAGCAGAGUCCCUCACAUACGGCGGCAGGGAUGGAGCUGCUCUGUAAGGAGCGAGAACGGACCUGCUGACGCCGAGAGAAGCAGUCCUGACCGGUUUAAUCCAUCGCAGUGUCUCUCCUCCAACCUGAGGAGAGGCGUCGCAUCUUAGAUUGAUCUAGAUGAGAGGGAGACACAGUUUUUCCCUCUGAACCGUGGGACGACCAGAAGGUCAGAGCAAGGGCCUCACCUGUCAGGGUUCUGCUUCUGUUGGACAUUUGGUGCCGUCUAAGCAGUUCCCUCGCUCUAAGUAGAUGUGAGAGUUUAGGCCCAUAGCAGACCUACCGCUUCCUAAAGAGCUAGAACCAGUUUUUUUUUUUUUUUACCGGUUCUGAUUGCAUCCACACGUCUCCUAAAAUCUGAGCCGGUUUUCUGUCAGAUAGGCAAACCCACAGUCAGUACCCAUUUAUCCCCUUAGUUUAUCUCCUUAGUUUAUCUCUUUAGUUUAUCUCCUUAGUUUAUCUCUUUAGUUUAUCUC